UGUUGUGAGGCCAGGCGGCAGAGGCUGCCCGCAGCUCGGGGAGGGCGAUGGCCGCGGCGGAGGCAGCAGCGAGCGGCUCGGCGGGGCCGGGGCCGUCCGGGGCGGCUCCGGGGCAGGGCGGCGGCGGCUCGGCCGUGACCGUGGCGGUGUGGGAGUGGCAGGAUGAGCUGGGCCGAUGGAGACCCUACCCGGCCGGCGUCUGCGGCUACAUCGAGCAGCAGUUCCAGGCGUGCCAGCAGCGGGGCCGGCGCUCGGGCACGGCGCUGGGCGGCAGCAUCCCGCUGGGCCAGGCGGACCCGGCCCUGGCUCCCUAUGUCAUCGACAUCCCCAGCCUGACACAGUUCCGGCAGGACACCGGGACCAUGAGGGCCGUGCACAGACAUCUCUUCCCCGGGGACUCGGCGGCGGGGCAGGGCAUCGUCUGGGAGUGGCAGAACGACGAGGGGGGUUGGUCCCCCUACGAGAUGAGCCUCUGCGUCCGCCUGGAGCGCGCCCACGCCGGCCGCCACCCGCGGGUGGACCUGGGCCCCCUGGGCUACGACUACGAGGUGGACCUGGGGGCUCAGGUGCAGACCAACAAGGCCACCGGGUUCCGGCGCGGCGUGCGGCGCCGCCCGGGCCCCCCCUACCCGCCGGCCGCCCCGCUGCCGGCGCUGCCCGCGGGGCCGGGCUGCUCCUGCCAGCAGUGCUGGGCGGGCGGCGUGCCGGGGCCCGCCCGCUCCCGCCACGCCCCGGGCGCCGCCCCCGCCGGCCCCGCCUUCCUGCCCUACAGCAAACCCGCCCCGCCCGCCGCCCGGGCCGCGCCCCGGCCCGCCGCCCCGGCAACCGCCGCCCCGCCGCAGGCUGGCACUGCCGGCGCCGCGCUGCCCGCGGCCAACGGAGUCAGCCUCCCCACCCUGCCAGUCAAGAUGUCCAAGCCCAGCAAGGUGACCCAGGCCCUGGCAGGCAUCUCGGCUAUACUGAUGUCAGCCGCCGGACUCCCCGCUCACCUCACCUGUGUGCCUCCAGCUGCCACCACCCAUAGAGCCACUAAAAAACACAGCUCAGUUAAGGAGGGGAGGAAAGUGGCCAAGAAAGCCACCCCGACCGAGCCGGAGGCAGUGGUGAGGAGGUACCUGGAGGAGGUGAAGGGCACUCCCCCUGAGCAGGACUGCCUCAUCUGCAUGGAGAAGCUCUGCUGCCCCUCGGGCUACGGCGACACCUCCCAGGCUGCCGGCCUGGCCCCGGAGCUGGUCGGACGCCUGCGGCGCUGCCACCACCACUUCCACCUGCUCUGCCUGCUGGCCAUGUACUGCAAUGGCACCCAGGAUGGGAGCCUGCAGUGUCCCUCCUGCAAGACCAUCUAUGGGGAGAAGACUGGCACCCAGCCCAAGGGCAGGAUGGAGGUCUCCACCUUCCCCCAGUCCCUGCCUGGCCACAGGGACUGUGGCACCAUCCAGAUCGUGUACCACAUCAGCAGGGGCAUCCAGGGCCCUGAGCACCCCAACCCUGGGCUGCCCUACACGGCCAGAGGCUUCCCGCGCCGCUGCUACCUGCCCGACAACGAGAAGGGCAGGAAGGUCCUGGAGCUCCUGAGGGUGGCCUGGAGGCGUCGCCUGAUCUUCACCGUGGGCACCUCCAGCACCACCGGCGAGAGCAACACCGUGGUGUGGAACGAGAUCCACCACAAGACAGAGAUGGACACAAACCUCAGUGGCCAUGGCUACCCUGACCCCAACUACCUGGACAAUGUGCUGGCAGAGCUGGCUGCACAGGGGGUCACUGAGGACUGCCUGAGACACUGAUGCCCGG